GCUGGAAUUGUAGCUUCAUUCAUCGACAUCCCUCUUCGUAAUCUCGAAGACGCUGCUUUGAACCUGGUUGGUCUUGGAGGAGGGGAGAAGAAAGAGGGCCGCACCAACGGCGACAACGACGGACAGAGGACGGCAGAAGAAGGGGGAGUGGGUCACGAGAACAUCUACUUCAGUGAGCUGGAGAGGGCCGAAGAGAAGAGGAUGAGGCUUGAAGAAGACGGCGCUGAGGAUCAAGAAGAUGCAAACAUGGAUGAACUGAAGGGCUAUUUCUCCCUCUUUAUAACCACAGCAAACAUGGAUGAACUGAAGGGCUAUUUCUCCCUCUUUAUA